CAUUGCUGUCAAGGUCAGCGAACAUUACUUGCACGUGGGCAUCAUCCCGUCGUGCUGCCUAUAUGUCUGGUAUUGAGACCUCUCCGAAUACAACCCACGCCCCGUCUGAGCAACCAGCGAUUGAAGAACCGACGAGAAGGAAACAGCUAACUUGCAUUCUCUGUCAGUCAGACCAAGUUCCCCUCGCUUCCAACAUCCCCUCCAGGCUAGGCGAGCGACAUGCCACAAAGUAUCUUUUCUUCGGGCAAACAGAAAGUCAGCCCUUGGUAUCAGACGUUCCAGUGACCAGGUCCUGCCCUUACAAGCCAUACUAUGCAUCUGGACGUAUAAGACAUGGAUCUUUCCUGAUCCACAUCUAAGGUCAUGGGUUCCGCGCUUAUCACACCACCUGCAUGAUUUUUUUUUCCGCGGAGGGUAGUUUUUAGAAGCGGCCUUGGUACGGUGUGACAAGCCCGGGGGUGUUCUCCGCGGUCUUGACAAGCUUCCAUGCAGGACGGGGCCUCAUCGCCCUACUGAUAAUAAUUGCUGCGCCCAGCGUUCUAAUAUUUGCUUCCACUUUUGCUGGUACACGGCU